AAUUUGCUUUAAAUUCCCUGGUUGGUCAUAUCUACUUUUUUAUUCUCAUUCUUUAGUUACUGGGGAAUAUGUUUGGUUUUUUAAUUAUUUUUUAGUAAUCGGCUUUUUUAUUCAAGACUACAAAUGAAGUAUCAGUACUUCUAUUUCUUACUGUGUUUCGAUUCAUUACCUGCGGUCUGUUUUGGGUUGGGUGAUACGUUGUUGCAAUUUCGAUAGUACAAUGAAGAAACCCAUCAAAUGAAAAGCCAUCUUCCGUUUGGGAAUUAGGUCGAGAAAAGGGAUCAUCCUGAUGUUGUUCCUUAAUCUCCCUCCUCUCUCAAAUAAGAGGAUGCCCUGAUGCAGGUGCAGAGGAAGGCUGGUUAAUAAUGUUGGGCAAUAUUGGUAAUGGUGGUAUAAAUCAACGCAAAUAUGGUUUCAGAUAAGUUUGGGAAUGUAUAUGUGGUAAGGGCUGGUAUUACUCAACUGUUGAAGGGGAAUCCCUUGACCUUCUUGGCAGAAAUUUCUGAACUGCUAUAGGUGAAAUUCUCAUGCCUCUAACCAUUGGAAUUACUCAACUAGCAAAGUCCAAUACUUGACUGGAAACUUCUCAAAGAGAAUAGGUGUUUUCUAAAAUUCUAUCUUCCCAUGAUGUAUUCCUCAGAGUUUGAAAACAAGAGUGGUGCUGAAUAUGGACUGAUUCAGGGGAUUCCAAGUAUUCCUUAUUGACUAUGACCACAGUUAAACUAGAUGGAACUAAUUAUCUGGCAUGGUCACAAUCAGUAAAGAUUUAUGUAUGCAGUAGAAGAAAGUGGGGGUUCAUUUCCAGGAGUAAGAAGGCUCCCCCAGAAGAUGAUCCUUCCUACGAGAAGUGGAUGCAAGAAAAUUACACUGUCAUUGGGUGGCUUGUGAACUCAAUGCAGCUACAAAUUAGGCAACACUACCUAUGGAUGAAUUCAACAAAAGGAAAUUUGGGAUAGUGUUGCAAAACCUAUUCCCAAAAACUCAAUGUAGCCCGAGCAUAUAAAUUGAGAAGUGAUGUAAAGAAUUUAAGGCAAGGGGAGAAACCUCUAGUUGUAUAUUUCUCAACCCUGAAGUCUAUGGCAAGAGAUUGACCUAAUAGAAGYUGUAACUUGGGACACCACCAAUGAUGCAGAGACCUACAGAAAAUUGGUUGAAAGGAACAGGGUGUUUGAGUUCUUAACUGGACUAAAUCUAGAAUAUGAUAUCACAAAACAAAAUAUUCUUUUCAAGGAGUGUGUCUCAUUGUCACAAGCUUAUGUAUUGGUGAGUAGUGAAGAGAGAAGAAGGGUUGUCCAAGUUCAAGGGGCUGAUAUUAGUGAUCGCUUUGUGAAUAUGGGGAUUAAACCUAAAGGGAAUGCUGGAACUUCUGGUGGCACAGGAAAGAAAGAAGUUAUAUGUGAGUACUGCAAGAAGCCGAAGCAUACCAAAGACAAGUGCUGGAAAUUACAUCCUAAUCUUGUUCCCAUUGGGUUUCAGAAAAAACAUGAUAGUAAAAGAUCAGGAAGUGCAAAUGUAGCUGCCGGGCCAGAUGAAGAGAUGUCUGCUUCUGCACAGUUGGCAGCCAUGGGAGCAGAAUAUGAAAAGUUUGGGAAGAUGAAUAGUCAGCUGGGUGAUGUGACUUCUCCUUCCAACUCUUCAGGAAAUUCUACUUCUUCUGCAUUUACUCAUUCAGGAUCUGGAGUCUCAGAAGGUGAUUGGGAGUGGCCAUGAGGCGAACGGAAUAUACCUGCUUGAUACGCCGGGACAAUGCACUGAUCA